UUGAUGGGCCUUUUAACAGUGCCAUUAUGGAUCAAAUCUAUGGGAAUGUCAAUGUCCCUGUAGUUGGGAAUGAUUCAGGGGAAGAUCCAUCUAGUUAUUAUAGUAAUAUGCCUGUGUCUGGCCCCAGGUUGUCUAAGACCACAGAUUGUCGGCGCCCAGCAGCUCAACCCCAUGGCAGUGGUGCUGAAGAGAAAGUGUCCACGUCUAGAGUGGUGCAGCUGCUUCCUCUGGCUCUAGGCCUCUGCCUGCUCCUCACCCUGCCUGCCCUUAUUGCAGUCACAUACCUCCAUGCCAAUGGACAGGCAAAGCUUAAUCUGAUAGAAAGCCUGCACAGGAAUUUGUCUGCGAUUCUGAAUAUGACUGAUUUAAUUGCAGGUGUAGAGGAACUGCUUGUCAAACAUCAAGUUUUUCUUAUCCGUCAAAACUCUAUUGAUGCCUCCUCUGGUUGUAGGGUUUGUCCAGAUGCAUGGGUUCACCGCAGUGGAAAAUGCUACUUCUUCUCUUCAUCUGGAAAGAACUGGACACAGAGUCGAGAUCACUGCGUCACAUUAGGCGGCCACCUGGUUAUUGUGAACAAUCAAGAGGAACAGACAUUCCUGAGCGAGAAGGCUAAAGGAGAGUUCCACUGGAUUGGACUGAAUGACCUGGAGACUGAGGGACAGUGGAUAUGGGUGGACAGCACACUUCUCAAUAAGACUGGACCAAUAUUCUGGAUGAAAAGGUCAGAUGGACAGGAAGAGCCAGACAACUGGAAGGAGGAGGAUCCUACAGGGGAAGACUGUGCUUGCCUUUCUGAUGUACGAGGAGAAUGGUUCGAUAACCCCUGUAGAAACACCCACAAAUUUGUGUGUGAGACCCUUGCCUCUAAAUAAGAACCAGCAAGUGGUUUAAGGAAAUGACACAAUACGCAAUGCAAAGACAUUUUUUUGUGCUAAUGCAUGGUUUUUAUAUGCGUUGCAUUUUGAUCAAAAGUCGUUAUUCUGCAACGAUGCAGUGGCCCUCAGCAGUGUUUUGCAUUUCACCUUUUUUUUUUUUAAAGAGGAACUAUGCAGGAUUGGCGAUUUCAUCUCUGGUUUCGGUUUCGUUUUUAGUUUUCGCUCGUUUUAUGCUUGCAUAUUUCUCUGCAGAGCUUCCCCAACAGCUUUAGCGUGUAUAUUUAUACAUAUAUAGGCUAUAUAUAAAUAUAUAAAUUGCAAGCGUGGUUCUUCUUGUUCCUUACGCGUCGCAGACUUCCAGAUGUAAACAAGGAGCGAUCGUCUCCUGCAGAAACUGCAAGGUUGCAAUAGCGGAUAGGGACACUGGGGGCGGGAGGAAAUAUUACUGUUUUCGAUGAAACUGGUCAGUCAAGCAAAAUAAUGAUUUCUGAGCGACUUUAUGACUAUGAAAAAGUUGCAUUGGGUCUCUGUAAGUCUAAAUAGUCUUGGUUGUAGACUGUGUGAAAUGCCCACAGGCAACAUUGUACCAUUGUGGAACACUAUCAUAACCAAAUCAAAAUAUGUUAAAAUAAUCAUGUAUAUUAUUUUAAAUUGCUUUACGUGUAAUAAAAAGCAUUACAAUAAAUAAGUAAAAAACACCCUCCAUCCCCUCAUAACAAGUAUGGCCUAUUGUGAUUCCAUUAUGGUACAAUGUUGCCUGUGGGCAACAUGGACAUUUUUGCUAUUUUCUAACAUUCAUAAUUCUAUAUACAUACAAAUUAUUGAAAAUACAUCUUUGCUUGUCAAGAAAGAUUGUCAAAUAAAGAAUGUAAACUUGAGGGAAAUGAGUGAAAUUCACACUUUUCUAGGGGGGAAA